CAAGGCCAGGAUCCCGGACAGUCAACCCCUGACCGUGGUCCUGAGCUUAUAUUGAGUGAGGUGGAAGACGAGAAACCGAAAGAAGUAGACCUGCUUCCUGCUUUGGAGAGACAUAAGAGAAUUGCUCAGUUGCAAGCAAAGCUGGUGCAGGCAGCUGCAGAGGGUGCUGUUCGGGUCAAGAGACGGAGGGGACCUCACAGAGGCGAGGAGUUUACUUUAACUCAAGCACUCGUGAAAGCUGAUUUCUGGCUCAUAUUCUUCUCCCUCUUGCUCGGAUCUGGUUCGGGUCUAACAGUAAUAGAUAACCUCGGGCAGAUGAGUCAGUCUCUCGGGUACGAUAACACUCACGUUUUUGUGUCCAUGAUUAGCAUUUGGAACUUCCUUGGACGCAUUGGUGGCGGCUAUUUCUCCGAAC